AUGCUGCGCAAGAUGCACACCGACCAGUUCAACGUGACAAUCGUCUCGCCCAGGAACUACUUCCUCUUCACCCCACUGCUGCCCGGAACAACGACUGGCACCGUGGAGAGUCGCUCCAUCAUGGAACCAAUUCGCAAGUACUGCAAGAGAUCCGAUGCGUCCGAAGUGGACUUUAUCGAGGCUGAGUGUCUGAGCAUCGAUCCCGUGCGCAAGACCGUCAAGUGCUUUGACAACAGCUCGGUCAAGGGACUGGUGUCCGAGUUUGAGCUGCCAUAUGACCAGCUGGUUGUUGGUGUUGGCGCGGACAAUGCCACCUUUGGCAUUCCAGGCGUGCGAGAGAACGCCUGCUUCAUGAAGGAGAUCAGCGACACUAGAAUGAUACGAGAUCGCAUCAUUGACUGUCUCGAGACAGCAGGCUAUCCAGGACAGCCAAGUGCAGAGAUUGAUCGACUAUUACAUUUUGUGAUCGUUGGAGGUGGACCAUCUGGUGUAGAGAUCACUGGAGAGUUGAACGACUUUAUUGAGCGCGACAUCAAGAAGCAUUAUCCAUCACACUUGGCUGAUCGAGUGAGGAUCACAUUGGUUGAAGCCCUGCCACACAUCCUUACAGUGUUUGACAAGACCAUCGUUGAGCAUGUUGAGAAGAAACUACGCAGUUCACCAAAGACAAAGGUCUGGACUCAGACCGCAGUGACCAGUGUAAAGGAGAGAGAGUUGAUUGUUAAGGAUCAGGACAAGGUGGAGAAGGUCAUCCCAUAUGGUGUGUUGGUAUGGGCCACUGGUAAUGGUCCAAGACUCGUUACCAAGGGAUUGAUGCAAUCGAUUGGUGCCGAUCAGAAUGUCCGUCGUGGUCUGGUGGUCGACGAGUACUUCCGUGUGAAGGGUGCCGAUGGCAUAUGGGCCAUCGGUGACUGCAGCGUCACACCGUACGCCGCCACCGCCCAGGUGGCCAGUCAGCAGGGUCGCUACCUCGGUCGUCUGUUCAACGACCUCUCCGAAGACAUGUACAGGUCGGUCAAGGGCAAGGAGUCGCUGUCCGACAUGGACAAGUUCGUUCACAAGCAGCCACUGUUCAAGUAUCAUCACAUGGGCACACUGGCCUACGUCGGCGAUCACAAUGCAGUGUUUGAGCUCAAGUCGGCCGAUGGCAAGAGCAGCUCGACCACCAGCGAAGGUUUGGCCACAUUCAUUCUCUGGCGAAGUGCCUAUCUCUCCAAGUGUCUCAGCAUUCGCAACAGAGUGCUCGUAGCAUUCGAUUGGGUCAAGGCCAGUGUCUUUGGCAGAGAUGUAUCAAGAGGAUAA